UUGAGUUCGCUCUCAUAAAGAAUGCCUUCAUUGUGCAAGCCAAGGGAAGCGUUUUAGUGAAUGACGCACGGACAAACGCCCAUAAAGACGCCGCAGACGGGGUCUCCACCAACAUUCGACCAUCCCGGAUCCUCAGCUCUACCAGGACCAGGUCCCCUUCUCUACCAGCACCAUGCGCUCCGCCAAGGCGCUGCGCGGAGUGCUGAGCAAGUCCCGGGAGACCGCGGGACUCGGGCCCCGCUCCGGCUCCACGAGUCGCCUCGGCAGCCCUCGCCCGCUCCACUCCACUCCACCCGGUCCGGCCGCGUUGGCGCUGCCUCAGGACGAGGUGGGGAGACGGCGAGGAGGAGGAGUGGGGGGAGGAGGGGGAACCACCGCCCGGAAGCCGAGGGCCGUGCGGGAUCUCCCCGGGCCCGGCUUCGCCUCGAACCUGGUGGAGUUCUUCUGGAAAGAUGGCUUCAGCCGCAUCCACGAGAUACAGCUGCAGCAGGCUCAUCGGUUUGGCGCCAUGUGGGGCACGAGCUUCGGGCCGCAGUUCGUGGUGUCGCUGGCGUCCCCGGGGCUGGUGGCCCACGUGCUGCGCUCCGAGGGCCCCGCGCCGCAGAGGGCCAACAUGGCCUCGUGGCGCGAGUACCGCGCCCUGCGGGGACGCGCCAACGGCCUCAUCUCGACGGAGGGCGAGGAGUGGCUACGCAUGCGGGCGGUGCUGCGCCAGCCCCUGAUGCGAGCCCGCUCCGUGUGGAGGCAUUCGGAGCAGAUCAACGCCAUCGUGGAGGACGUCGUGUCGCGCGUGCGAUGCGACCGGGACGAGCGCGAUGGCACCGUCCGGAACGUCAACGGGCUCCUCUUCAAGUUCGCCAUGGAAGGCAUGGCGAGCGUGCUUUUCGAGAGGCGGCUGGGCUGCCUGGCCCCCGAGGUGCCCGCCGACACGCGCGACUACAUCGCCGCGCUGCAGCUCAUGUUCAGCAUGUUCAAGACCACCAUGUACGCCGGAGCCAUCCCUCACUGGCUCAGGCCCGUGCUGCCGGGGCCCUGGGAAGACUUCUGCCGUUCAUGGGAUGGGCUGUUCCGCUUCAGCGAGAUUCACGUGGACGCGCGUGCGCGGGAGCUCGAGGAGGAGCGGGCGACGGGCGGCGCCGCGCGGGGGCAAGCGGGGUUCCUGACCGAGCAGCUCACGUCGGGCGCGCUCUCGCGACAGGAGCUCUACGCCAACGUGACCGAGAUGCUCCUGGCCGGCGUGGACACGACGUCCUUCACAAUGUCGUGGUGCCUGGAUCUGCUGGCGCGCCACCCGCUCACCCAGGAGGCCGUGCUGCGCGAGGUUCGCGAGCGGGGGCCGUCGGGGGGGUGGGCCCCGUCAGCCGAGCACGUGGCGGAAAUGCCACUGCUGCGAGGGGUCCUCAAGGAGACGCUCAGGUUGUACCCGGUGUUGCCAGGCAACGGCAGAGUGACUCAGACAGACAUGGUACUGGGAGGUCACCACAUCCCCAAAGGAACCCAACUGGCAAUGUGCCACUACAGCACCUCGCACGACCCGGCCACGUUCCCGCAGCCCGAGAGCUUCCGCCCCGAGCGCUGGCUCCGCGACGGGGCCUCCAGGGGUGGGCCAGCGGGGCCCCACGGUGACGGCAGCGGUGAGGGGGAGGAGGAGGAGGGGGAGGAGGAGGAGGAGGCAGCGCACCGGUGCCCCGAGUCCGCUCACGAGUCGUGGCACUCGCAGGGGUUCGCGUCGAUCCCGUUCGGGUACGGGGUCCGCAGCUGCAUCGGGCGGCGCGUGGCCGAGUUGGAGAUUCACCUGGCGCUGGCUCGGCUGCUGCUCGAGUUCCGCUUGGAGGUGCUGCCCGGGGCCCCUCGUGUCCCAGCCAAGACGCACGGGCUCCUGGGGCCUGGGGGCAGCAUUGACCUGCGCUUUGUGGACCGUCGCUCAUGACUCGCCCGUGCUCACCACCCGACUCACGC